AUGGGGAAGAUCAUAUUCUACGAAGACCGAAACUUUCAAGGGCGCUCUCAUGAGUGCAGCAGCGACUGUGCUGAUCUUCAGUCGUACUUCAACAGGUGCAACUCUAUCAAAGUGGAGAGCGGCUGCUUCAUGGUCUACGAGAGGCCCAACUACAUGGGUAACCAAUACUACCUGAAGAGAGGAGAAUAUUCUGAUAACCACCGAGUGAUUGGCAUCGGCGACUGCAUCAGAUCAUGUCGUAUGAUCCCCCAGCAUCGAGGCUCCUACAGGGUGAGGCUUUAUGAGCGCUUCGACCUGUCAGGCCAGAUGCAUGAGCUGGUCGACGACUGCCCAAAUGUCCAGGACCAGCUCAACAUGUCUGACCUCAAUUCCUGUAACGUGAUAGACGGCCACUGGCUGCUGUAUGACCAGCCCAACUACAAGGGCAGAGUGUACUACCUGAGGCCUGGAGAGUACAGGGCAUACAGCGACUGGGGAGGCGUCAGUCCAAGAAUCGGCUCCAUCAGAAGAAUCACCGACUUCAACUGA